CCAUAGACACGAACAACUCGUGAUCCCGGAUCCAUACACACAUUGUAUACAGGAAGUGCAGCUUCAGUCACGUGACAUGCAACGGUAACAGUAUUUUCUGUAGGAGUCCAGCUGUAGAAACUUCCAGCGGGUAGCUCCAGCAUGGGUGUAACAUUAGAAGCCUGGUACAUGGACAGCUCCGAUGAAGACCAGAGAAAGCCGCACAAACUGAACCCAAACCAGUCCGUUUCCAUGGACGACUUGAAAAAGCUCGGCGUUUUUCACUGGAAGCUGAAUGCUGAUAUCUAUGAAACAGACCCAGAGCUGGAGCAGAUCCGUAAAGACCAAGGCUACUCCUAUAUGGAUAUUAUCUCCAUUCACAAGGACACACUACCUAACUACGAGGAAAAGCUCAAGAUGUUCUAUGAGGAGCACCUGCACUUGGAUGAUGAGAUCCGCUACAUCCUGGAAGGCCACGCCUACUUUGACGUCCGGGACAAAGACGACCGAUGGAUCCGAAUCGCCAUGAGCAAGGGAGACCUGAUCACCCUACCGGCCGGCAUUUACCACCGCUUCACCCUGGAUGAGAAUAACUACGCCAAAGCCAUGAGGCUGUUUGUGGGGGAGCCAGUGUGGAAAGCAUACAACCGACCCGCUGAUGACUUCAACAUCCGCCAGAAGUACACGGCUUCUCUGCAGGGAUCCUGAGAGAGAGCUGUGUGAUUUCAUAUGACCAAUAAUGAUAAAGACAGUCGGUAGCAGAGCAGUCAUAUGAUGCACUAAUGCACUCAUAUGAUGCUUUUAAGUGGCAAAUUAAAUGAAUCUGGCCUACACGUAGACAAAAUCAGAGGUGGAGUUUCAGUUAGUACAUUCACUCAAAAGGUACAGGACUUUGCAGUAUUUUCCUAUUUACACCGAUACAUUUUAGUUAUCAGUUAAAAUUAGAUUCUACAGAAGGGCGCCUGGAUAGCUCAGUUGAUAGAGCGGGCGCCUAUAUGUAGAGGUUUGCUCCUUGACGCAGCGGGCCUGGGUUUGACUCCAACCUGCGGCCCUGUGCUGCAUGUCAUCCCCCAGCCGGUCCUGUCAAAAUAAAGGCCUAAAAUGCCCCAAACAUCAUCAAAAAAAAAAACUUUUUUGAUUCUACAGCCAAAUCGUAAUCAGAUAAUAAAAGCUUGUACACUAUCCAACAACAUAAGUAUUUAACCUUAGCAAUUCAACAAGCGACAUUAAAAUGUUGUCAAAUGCAUCAGGAAUAAUGGUGCAACAACACAACAUAUACCGUACAUACAAUCACAUAUGUAGCAUUUUGAGAACUUUUGAGAAGAUCAAUUUUAACUUACAUAAAAGUUUCCCCCAGAAAAGUUGUUUAGCCCGGUGGCAAGCAUCUUUUUUCCAACGAGGGCCCGGCUGGGGCCAGUCAGACUGAUGCAGCAUUAAUGUAGAGCCCUAUAGUUUCUGUGAUAACAGAAUCAUGGACGGAAUUGCCAAAUUGAGAAUAAAAAAAAAAAGAAAAAAAAAAAAAAAGACAGAUUUCAGAGGGCUCUACAUUAAGUCGGUGCUAAAAGCUAACUGCAGAUUUGAAAAUAUGACGUUUUAAGCUUCCAACCGAGCCGCCCCUCUGUAACUAGUUUAAAAACAUCUUAAAAAUACAUUUUAAAAUGUUUUCCCCAGUGGCUGAGGCCUGGUUGAGGGGCAACUUAUGCUCGGUAGUCCACCAGGUUUGCUAUGCACUGGGGGAAGCCCUGUGCCUUCUCCUAAAUUGGUUGUGUUUGGUCAGAUCAGAUUUACUUUACAGAUCUACAACUGUUUCAUAGUAUUUUCUAAUUUCCUAUUCAAAUCUCUGAAUGUGAAGUCCGAUGUAACUUUACCCGUCUCUGCUAAUGGGCUGGAACUUCUCUGACAGAUUCAUGUACAUUUCUUGUUGUGUGGGACAUAAAGCUGCUGCUAUUUUCAAUCUGUCUUUUGGUUUUUUAUUAUCUUUGCAUUAAACUAGACACGUUGAUUUAAAAUAAUUUUAUUUAGGAUAAAACAAAUUUUAAUAUACAUAAAUAUGAUCAAUGCAAUAUGUAAAUCAUAAUAAUUAAAGAUCCACCAGCACAAAUCAAUAAAAGAUUUAACAAAAAGAGUUUUGAUAUAAUCACAAGCAGAAA